UGGUCAGCACGGCAGUGAAGAUAGGCAACGAUGGACUCGACGCAGCGACGAAUCUCGUUCCUGCCAGCAUCCCUCGGCCAGUAGCUAAAGGUGGCGUCGCGCUUCUUUCGCUCGCCAUCCUCUUGUCACUCGUUCAGACCAUCUUCAACACUUUCGUCAGCCUCCUU